GACUUUCAAACUUAACAACAGACUUCAUAACAAUGUCUCCCUUUCGGAAAUCCCCAGUAGAAAGUGUGGAAAAAUCAAACAGAGUCCCGUCUUACCGGUCAGCUGACCAUCCAAAUCCCCAAUGGCAAGAAGACAUGAAGAUAAGGACGCCUUCAUUUGGCACAUCAAGCCUUGCGACCGGAAAGGAAACUACUAGUUCUUCAAUGAUAGUAUCCCAACAGCCAAUAAACAUUGACGAUGUAUGGCGAGAAGUACGAGCACUUGAACGCCACAGGUUCGCAUCAUCUAGGUACCGUAAAGUUGGGAAGACAAUUGAGCCAGUGAUAGAUUUUUUAACGAGAUUUUCUCCUGUGGUGGAUAUGAUGGUUCAGGGGACCAGUAGUGCUUCUUUAGUGUGGGGUUCUUUGAAAGCUGUUUUGAUGGUUGCUCAAACUUCGGCUACUUAUUUUUAUUAUAUCGAUAACGCUAUGUUGAAACUUAGCGACAUUCUAUCCAUAUCGAGUCAGUAUGAAAGGAUGUUCGCGACGGAAGUUCGUGUAAGAACUGCCUUGUCGGAUUUGUAUGAUGAAAUUUACCUGUUUCUGGAAAAAAUUCGAAAGUCAGUUUCUGCUAGCUCGUUGAAGAUCUUUCUCAAGAACCUGAAAAAGUCUUUCGAGACAGAGUUUAAAGAUAAUUUGGAACAUAUUGAAAGAUAUACUCGAGUUUUCAAUGAUGAAAUUACGCUUGCACAUCGAGUCAGGAUGGAUGCCUCGACUAAGCAAAUUCAACAAUUAGUUGGAACUAUUGCUCUAGACAAUGUAGAUCUAGUGAACCGAGCAGAUAGUCGAGAUGCAUAUCACACCAAAGAUGCAAUACUAAAAUGGUUAACCCAGGUUGACCCGAGUGAAGAUUAUUACCGAGCUCUCAAAAGACGCUCACCAGGAACUGGAGUAUGGCUACAAGACGAUCCCAGGUUCCGCAGCUGGAGACACUGCACCAAUCCUUUAACUGACCGCUCGAUAUUGUGGGUUCAUGGCCGGCCGGGAUCAGGCAAAACAGUGUUAAGUACUACUGCUAUUGAACACCUUCAACUUAAGUUGGACAAAAAUUUGGAAAUAUUGGAGAACAAAAUGGCCUCUGUGGCUUAUUUUUACUGCGAUUCCGGGGAUAUCAGAAAAAGGUCGACGCUAGAGAUUCUUGGGUCAAUUUUGGCACAGUUGAUCGUACCACUUCACGACUUUCCGAACGAAGUCAAUGAAGCGUAUCAUCGAGCCAGAAAAUAUGGAAGACAACACUUAUCAACUGCGGACGAUAUUGUCUCUGUCAUCAAACAUGUAGUCAAAGACUCUCCAACUUGUUACAUUAUCAUUGAUGGAAUAGACGAAUGCAGCGAUCCAGCUGACGUCACAAAGAUAUUUGCGGAUAUUGCAACAGGCUACCACAAUCUUCGACUAGCUCUUUUUUCUCGUAAUCUUCCUACUAUUGCAUUCGGGCUAGACAAAGUGUCACAUGCAAUGAUAGAGCUGGAACCCUCAUUAGUACAGCCAGACAUCGACAGCUUUUUAACGAAAUCUUUGAAUGAUUUACCUGGGAGAGGUACGGGGGCACAAGAUCAGGCAUUCUCAAAACUGUCGAAUGCUUCUGGUGGUAUGUUUUUAUAUGCUGCUCUGGGAGUCCAAAGUCUAGCCGAAGCAGUUGACUCGCAGAGUGUCGUAGACGCCAUUGAAAGCAUGCCUGAAGGUCUCAAUGCAUUUUAUGGCCAGAUACUCGAGAGAUUGGGUUCGCAAAGCAUUCGAAGACGACAUCUUGCCCGUAGAAUUCUUCUAUGGGUUUGUUGCACAACAAGGCCACUUUCCUGGAAAGAACUCCAGUGCGCUUUGUCGUGGGAUGAAACCAAAGAGGUGUUUAUGGAGGAUCAACGGCCUUUCAAAGAUGCUGUCCUCGAUCUAUGCGCUCCUUUGAUUGAGUACCGACCAGAGAAAGACACAUUUCAUGCCGUCCAUACAUCAGUUCGUGAGUUUCUAUGGAAGUCUCAUGGCUUCGAAUCCAUGUCGGCGAAAGCAACCCAAUUUCUUAUGACUGAGUCUCACGCACACCAGACAAUUGCCGAAGUAGUACUAGCUAGCCUCUCACUACCAGAUGUUAUUUACAACACAGCUGUUGAUGACUUUCGAUAUCCAUUAGCGAGAUAUUCCACAGAAAAUUGGUGUCACCAUCUAUCGUCAGCGUCAUUUGAAGAGAAUCUAUGUCAUAAAUAUGACAAGUUUGUGGAUUCAUCUUUGGCUCGAUCGACAUGGAUUAUACGUUUUAUCCUUUCAAAUAAACAGUCAUUUCCUUUACAACGUAUAGCAAAGUAUCAAAAACAAGUUAACGAUUGGAAAUAUCGUAAAGAAAGCUCAACCACCACUUUUGCUGCGGAGGAUUUAGCUGAUAUACAACGAGCAUUGAUCGAAUUGGAUCAACUAGAUUUAGGCCAGGUAGAAUCUAUCUCAAACUUUGAACGUGAUCUGAUCAUCCGUGAUCUGGCAAGGGCCUUCACAAUGGCAGGGAAAGUCGACCAGGCAAUUGAUAUGUUCGAACGGGCCCUUUCCCAGGGACUCCAAGGGGAUCCAUCGCCAGAAUCUGUCCGCACUACCUGGCUUCUCAAUAGUCUUGGGAUAAUGUAUGACCAAAAGAACCUUACCGAUCUUGCUUUGCAAACACAGUUAAAAGCUUUAUCAAUUCAGAAAAGAUUUCUCCCCCCUGAUCAUCUCGAUCUCGCAUUAACAUUAAACGAGUUGGGUCGAGAAACACGACAUCUUGAGAGAUACUCCGAGUCUGAACAAUACCACCUCCGUGCUCUCAAUAUUCUACGUCAAUCUCUUCCCGAGACGGACUUACAAAUAAUCUGGACCCUCAAUACCCUCGCUCGUUGCUACCGUUUUCAAGGUCGCUACCCCGAAGCACUUACUCUCCAUGAACUUGCCCUCAGCGGCCAAAUCAAGCUCAUGGGAGAAGAUCAUCCACAUCCCAUACGAACGCUAUCAGAUAUUGCAAAAGUGUUGAAAGCCCAAGGAAAAUUCACAGAGGCGUUGGAAAUCAUGGGAGAUAUGUAUGAGAGAAGAGUUCGAGUGCUAGGAAAAGAUAACCCGGAUACGUUGUGGACGAUGAAUGAUAUUGGGAUGGUGUGGGAGGAGAUAGGUAUGCAAAGUGGGGAUGUGGAGUGCAGGAGAAAGGCAAUCGAAUGGCAUGAGAAGGCGUGGGAAGUGCAGGUGAGAGUGUUGGGUGAGGAGCAUAAGCAUACGGUUUGGAGUCGAGGAGUUUUGGAAAGAUUGAAGGGGAUAGAUAGAAUGGGUGAUGCUGUUACCAUUCCCUGGUUGUGAUAGGAGGCUUUGAACUUCAUUCGGUUUACUUUUAUGAUUUAUGAUAAGAUGCUUUUAGCUUUUAGGUAGAUUCCCUGGGUACAUGAUUCGAGAUGGUGGGGUUUGUGCGAGGCGAGGAAUUUGUCUUCUGCGUGAACUAAGAUACCAUUAAGUUAGUGAAUGUAUCCCGUCAUAUAUAUCUGGCAAAAUUGCGAGAGUGUGAAAUUUUGGUAUAGGUACCGA